AUCAACUGGACUCGUUGAGACCUGUGGAUGGACAUCGAGUACCUUCCAACGCCAUCCCCAUAUCAAACUCCUGACAACUGGGCAAGUCUCUACUAUUGGAGGACCCUACUUCGUCGCCGCAUCGACACCUCCACCACACGGUCCUGCCAUUGCCGCGCUCUAUUCCUCUCUCAGCUAGACACAGCGAGACCUCUCCCCUCGGUCGCCCUCUAUUUCCAGGUAGAGCAAUCAACAGCGAGCCGUUCAGUGGGAGCGAGUGGGCUAUCAGACCACAGUCCUCCUUCUGCAAACAAAUCAGAUCCUGUCCAUUGGAUGCUGCCGAGGGGCUCAGGGCACCUACAAAUAAGGCGCGGGGUAGUCCUUCCUGCUACUUGUUUGCUCUUCUCUUCUCCCUCAGAUCACCUCCUCUGCAAGUCGAUCCCAACAAGUAACACGAGAAGCAAUCAUAAUGGCAGAGUGCCCAGUCAAACACGAUACCAGAGUGGCCAACGUUGGCGGCGGUGGCCAGAGAAAUCGAGACUGGUGGCCCGAGGGUCUCAGACUCAACAUCCUCCGACAGCACAACGCCGUCUCUACACCUCUAGGCAAGGACUUUGACUAUACCUCGGCCUUCAAGAGCUUGGACUACGAUGCCGUCAAGAAGGAUCUACAUGCUCUCAUGACCGACUCGCAAGAGUGGUGGCCUGCUGACCACGGUCACUAUGGUGGUCUCUUCAUCCGAAUGGCGUGGCACAGUGCUGGCACUUAUCGUGUCUCUGACGGCCGUGGUGGCGGUGGUCAAGGCCAACAAAGAUUUGCUCCUCUUAACAGCUGGCCCGACAACGUUUCUCUCGACAAGGCUCGUCGUCUGCUGUGGCCCAUCAAGCAGAAGUAUGGUAACAAGAUCUCGUGGGCCGAUUUGAUGCUGCUCACCGGCAACGUGGCUCUUGAAUCGAUGGGUUGCAAGACUUUCGGUUUUGCUGGUGGUCGUCCAGACACCUUCGAGGCCGACGAGGCUGUCUACUGGGGUGGCGAGACUACUUGGCUCGGUAACGACGUCCGUUACUCGGACGGCAGGCCCGGUGUCCCCGAGGGAGCCCACGGUGUCGUUGACGGGGAUGAACACAGAAAGGACCACAAGGACAUUCACUCCCGGGAUCUCGAGACUCCUGUUGCUGCCGCUCACAUGGGUCUGAUCUACGUCAACCCUGAAGGCCCCGACGGCAUUCCUGACCCAGUCGCUGCUGCCCGCGACAUCAGAACCACUUUUGGUCGUAUGGCCAUGGACGACGAAGAGACUGUCGCUCUGAUCGCUGGUGGUCACAGCUUCGGCAAGACCCACGGUGCUGCUCCCUCAGACAAUGUCGGCCCAGAGCCAGAAGCCACCGCCAUGGAGAACCAAGGCCUGGGCUGGCAAAACAAGCACGGCUCCGGAAAGGGCCCAGACACAAUCACAUCUGGUUUGGAAGUCAUCUGGACCAAGACUCCCAACAAAUUCAGCAACCAGUACCUCGAGUACCUCUUCCAAUUUGACUGGGAGCUCGAGAAGUCUCCUGCUGGUGCCAACCAGUGGGUGGCCAAGAACUCUGGUGAAAUCAUCCCAGAUGCCUACGAUCCCAACAAGAAGCACAGGGCGAGAAUGUUGACCACCGAUUUGUCCCUCCGCUUCGACCCUACCUACGAGAAGAUCUCUCGUGAUUUCCUCGCGCACCCAGACAAGUUCCACGAUGCAUUCGCUCGUGCCUGGUUCAAGCUGCUGCACCGUGACAUGGGUCCACGAUCCCGUUGGCUAGGUCCGGAAAUUCCUUCAGAGGUCCUCAUCUGGGAAGACCCUGUUCCUCCUGUCGACCACCCACUCGUCGAUGAGAGUGACAUUGCUUCCUUGAAGAAGGAGAUCCUCGCCACCGGCAUUGACAACACCAAAUUCAUCACCGCCGCUUGGGGUGCAGCCUCCACCUACCGCAACAGCGAUAAGCGUGGUGGUGCCAAUGGUGCCCGUAUCCGCCUUGCUCCUCAGAAGGACUGGGAGAUCAACGACAAGUCAUCGCUGCAACAAGUUCUCGGCGCUCUUGACAACGUCCAACAGAAGUUCAACAGCUCAGCAACUGGUGGAAAGAAGGUUUCAUUGGCCGAUUUGAUUGUUCUCGCUGGUUGCGCUGCAGUCGAGAAAGCCUCUGGUCUUUCAGUUCCAUUCACACCCGGUCGUACAGACGCAUCACAGGAACAAACCGACGAGCAAUCAUUCGACCAUCUCAAGCCUCACCACGAUGGCUUCCGCAACUACGGCAAAUCGACCUCCCGUGUCAGCACCGAGCAGUUCCUCGUCGACAAGGCCCACCUCCUCAACCUCACUCCACCCGAAAUGACAGUCCUCGUUGGAGGUAUGCGUGCUCUGAACGCCAACUGGGAUGGAUCCAAGUACGGUGUCUUUACCAACCGUCCUGGUCAAUUGACCAACGACUUCUUCGUCAACCUGCUCGACAACAACACUGCCUGGAAGUCCACUAGCCCUGAUGGCGAGUACUUCGAGGGUGUCGACCGCAAGUCUGGCCAGAAGAAGUGGAUCGCCACCCGCAAUGACCUCGUCUUCGGUUCUCAAGCCGAACUCCGCGCCAUUGCGGAAAUCUAUGCUCAAGAAGAUGGCGCCGACAAGUUUGCCAAGGACUUUGUUGCUGCCUGGGACAAGGUCAUGAUGUCCGACCGGUUUGACGUCCAUAUGGGUAUGCAACCAGGAAAGGCCAGCGCCAGACUGUGAGCAAUCCAUCAAGCAUGAUUAUUGAAGCGAAAACAACAAUAAACAAAUAUGCCUUCUACGAUUCAUAGUUAGAGUCGGUCGGUAGCCAUUCAGUGAAUAAAUGAAUUCAAAACUCA